GUAACUUCAAUUCAGUAAAAAAAAAAGAAAAGAAAAACACAUCUAACGAUAUCUCAAAGAAGUGUGUCUAUGAGUAAAACAGAUAUAUCAGCGGUUGCUGUUGCGGCUGCUGUCGUGGCGGUAACAGUAUUGAUAUGGAAAGGUCUGAACCUAGCUUGGUUUAGACCAAAGAAACAUGAGGCUUAUCUAAAGAGACAAGGUCUCUCUGGAACUCCUUUCACCUUUCUUGUCGGUGACGCUAUAAGGGAAGCCAGUAUGGUGGAGCAAGCAAAAAUCAGACCCAUCAGUAUAACCGAAGAUUACACGGCACGUGUCAUGCCUAUGAUAUCACAAACCGUUAAGGAUCAUGGGGAGACAUGUUACAUGUGGAUGGGACCUACAGCGAGUGUGAUUGUGACGAAACCAGAACACAUCAAAGAAGUUAUGAACAGAGUUAACGAUUUUCCGAAGCCGCCAGCGCACCCAGUCGUUGAGCUUUUUGCGACUGGAGUCGCCUUGUAUAGUGGAGAGAAAUGGUCUAAGCACAGGAAGAUUAUUAACCCUUCUUUUCAUCUAGAAAAGCUCAAGAUCAUGAUACCUGCGUUCUACGAGAGCUGUAUCGAGAUGAUAAGUAAAUGGGAGAGGUUAGUGAGUGAGCAAGGUUCAUCAAUUGAGAUUGAUGUUUGGCCAUAUCUUGAGGAUGUAACCUCAAAUGCAGUCUCGCGUACUGCAUUUGGUAGUAGCUAUGAGGAAGGUAAGAGAAUCUUUGAGCUUCAAGAAGAACAAGGUCGACGAGUUGUAAAAGCUCUUGAGAUGGCUUUCAUACCUGGAAUGAGAUUUCUACCUACAAAGAACAACUUGAGGAUGAAGCAGAUAGACGGAGAAGUGAAGUCUAGGUUGGGAGAGAUCAUCAAGAAAAGACAGAGAGAUAUGGAAGCAGGGGAGGCUCCAAAGAAUGAUCUGCUGGGAAUACUUUUGGAAUCUAACUCUGGAGAUCAUGGGAUGAGUACCAAAGAUGUGAUAGAAGAGUGCAGGCUGUUUCACUUUGCCGGCCAAGAAACCACUGCGGAUCUGCUUGUGUGGACUAUGAUCAUGCUAAGCUAUCACCAGAAAUGGCAAGAUGAAGCUAGACAAGAGAUAUUACAAGUCAUUGGGAAGAACAACAAACCAAGUUUUGAUGCACUCUCUCGACUGAAAAUAAUGAGCAUGAUCUUGAACGAAGUGUUGAGGUUAUACCCACCAGGGACUCUACUUGGUCGAACCAUAGAGAAAGAAACAAAGCUAGAUGAGGAGGUGACACUUCCAGGUGGUGCGCAAGUAGUGAUUCCUACUCUUAUGGUUCAUCGUGAUCCUGAUAUCUGGGGAGAAGAUGUUCAUGAGUUUAAACCGGAUAGAUUCGCGGAUGGGAUCUCAAAGGCCACGAAGAACCAAGUCGCUUUUCUUCCCUUUGGAUGGGGACCAAGAUUCUGUCCUGGUCAGAAUUUUGCUCUCAUGGAAGCUAAGAUGGCUCUCGUCUUGAUACUGCAGAGAUUCUCCUUCGAGCUGUCUCCAUCGUAUAUUCACGCACCUCACACGGUUCUUACACUUCAUCCUCAGUUUGGUGCUCCCUUGAUCUUCCACAUGCUCCAAGAUCAGUAAACUAGGUUUCCAAGAUCCUCUGUUUUUUUUAAGCAAGAUUCAUAAUUUGUUAGCGUAUAACACGGAGAAGUUCAUGAGAAUUUUACUGCGAAAUUCUUAUGAAUUAUUCGUCCAUAAAGAGUAGCAUCUAUGCAUGUAAUAUAUUCUUUAAUCAUGAAGUAAGAAAUAAAAUGUAGCUUUAUUGUGUACCA